CUGCAUAUAAUUCGAACACUUUGGAACAAGCUGGUGGUGUUGAUUUAUCCGAUGAUUUAUCUAUAUGAUGGUUUCUACAAAACCAGACAUAUUUUUGGGCCUUGAUUUAAGCACUCAGCAACUAAAGGUUAUUGCAGUGGACAACAAACUAUGUAUUAUCCAUGAAGAAGUAGUUAAUUUUGACAAAGACUUGCCAGAAUUCGGGACGCAAGGUGGAGUGAAGAGACAUGAAGAUGCUCUGACCGUCACAGUACCUGCGCUUAUGUGGGUGAAGGCUUUUGAUUUAUUGCUAGAAAAAAUAAAAUAUAAAGGAUUUUGUUUUGAGAAUGUUGCGUGUAUUUCUGGUACGGGACAGCAACAUGGUAGUGUUUACUGGAAAAUUGGAUCGAAGACUUUUUUGAAUAAUUUGGAUCCAAAUAAAGGUCUCCAUGAACAACUAAAGGUAUUGAGAAAGAAUUAUUUAACAAGAUAUGGUGGGUGGGAGAGAACAAAGAAUGGGAAUAACCUUAAAGAGAAAAAUAUAUCUCUUGUGUGUGUGUGUGUGUGUGUGUGUAAGGGAGGGGCAGGGCCAACCCUCAAACAGAGUUGCCCCUGUGGAUGAGGGCAAGGUGUGCCCCAAUAUAAAAGCUGUUGAGAAGCUGUAGAGCAAGCCCCCCCCCAAAAAAAAAAUGGGGCAAGUGUUACCCCAAUGACAGAAGACUAGCUUUUGUGGUGAGGAGAAGGAGUAGGGAUAACCCACCCUAGCCCCCAAUUUAAGAGCUGUGUCCUUAUGGGUGGAGGGCAAGGGGAGUUUCAUAAGACAAUGUCCAUGUGAUAUUCAUAUCAGCACACUUUAUCCUGUUAUUAUUCUGUUUUUCUUUCACUACUUUUCUUUCCUUACAUAAUUUUAGCACCAUCAUCCUCUCCUUGAAAUGGAUAUUGGUCUGUGAUUAAAUUUCAAUCUUGUAUAAUUCCCUUUUUUCAAAGGAUUACUUUGCAAUUGAAGAUUCUCCAAUCUGGAUGGACUCCAGUACAACUGAACAAUGUCGCUCGAUAGAGCAAGCUGUAGGUGGUGCUCAGGCACUUGCAGAAAUCACUGGUUCUAGAGCUUAUGAAAGAUUCACUGGAAAUCAAAUUGCUAAAAUAUAUGAAACGAAACAAGCCUCAUAUGAAGAAUGUGAAUGUAUAUCAUUAGUAAGCAGUUUCUUGGCUUCCCUGUGCCUUGGUGACUUUGCACCAAUUGAUUAUAGUGAUGGUUCAGGAAUGAAUCUCAUGAAUAUUUAUACAAAAACCUGGGAUCCAGCAUGCUUACAGGUAUAUCCUAACUUAACUUGUGGUGUGUAUUCAUUUUGACCUACUCUAUUACCCAUUCUGGCAUGGUGAUUAAUGCAUAUACCUCCCUGUGAACAUUUCCAAAAUUACACUCUCAAAAACAUUGGGGGGGGGGACCACUCCCUCGGUGGUGCCACUGGUGCCUUGUAUUUCAGUUUUGAUUCUUGUAAACACUUGCACUAACCUCUGUUCCCACAACAACUGAUUAAUUAAUGCAUAUUCCUUACACCUCUGUCUGUGACCAGAGUUUGAUUUCUGCAAUAUGCAAUUAUCUAUUAAUUGAAAUGUCACCUCAGUUGUAUGUAAGAAGUGUACUCUUCCAGUUUGACCCUACCAAAGGCUAGGGGUGUCGGAGCAGCUCUAGAAGUGGGCGGGGGACACAAAAAUGGAGGGGGCCCAAAGACAUUUAGGCCCCCAACUAAAAAAGUGGGGCCUUAGGCCCCACUUCCAAUGCCCCUGGGCCUAAGGUAGUUUGACAUUUUUUGCUUAAUUAAACAUCAAAUUGUUUAAUAUCUGUAUAAAUGGUAGAUGUGGUACCGGUAUUGAUUGGUGAAGCCUGCUACUGUAGGGUUGAGGGCAGAGACUUGCUUUGGUUACUAUUAUUACUGAACCAGUGGUGCAGUAAUGGAGAACCUUCUCAUUUUGGUUGUAAAACCUGUUAUGACUCUCUGUUCAUCUCAGAGGGCUGAACACAGUAAAACUAAAACUCAGUAACCAAGGAAACUGUAUAUCUCUAUCUAGGCUUGUGCGCCAAAUUUAAAAGAGAAAUUAGGAAACCUUGUUCCAUCAUCAGCAAGGAUUGGUUUUAUCUCAGACUACCUCAGCGCAAAAUAUGGCUUUCCAAAAUCUUGUGAAAUUGUAGCAUUCACUGGUGACAACCCCGCCUCGUUGGCUGGAGUUCGUUUGAAGAAGAAUGAUGUGUGUAUUAGUCUUGGGACUAGUGAUACGUUGAUGCUUUGGCUUAACACUCCAAAACCAGCUGUUGAGGGGCAUAUCUUUGUUAACCCUGUCAAUGGUAGGUUACACAGUGUUAUAUAGCACAGAAUACUACAGGGUGUUCCUCUUCCUCCCCGCUUUCUAGUUACUAGAUGGAUAGAAAUACUUGGUACAAGUCGACCCUUUUCGGCAUUUAUAUAUGAGAUUGAGCUCAAAUUUCUUAAAGCGCGGAUUUUUACUAUAGCGUUGGGGGGUUUCCUCGCUGCGCUCACACGGCCUCACUCAUUUUACUUCUUAUGCCAGACAAGUUACAAAGACAAGUUACAGACAAGGGGGGUUAUAUUUGGAGGUUUACCGUAUAUUACUAUCAAACAUUUCGUAUAUCCUAGCUGAAUCAUACAAUUCCGUGAACCAAAAGAAAUACAAACAUACAGUAUAUAAUUACAAUCUGUGCAUUUUAAAUACUGUAAUCAAAUUUUUGUCGCUCGUCAUGAGCUGUUGGAAUUGCUGUCGCUCCCAACGCUGUGUUAUUAACCAAUGGGCUUAGACAGACACAAAAAAAUAGAAACACACGACCGUUUCGAUGUGCUCCGUUUGUUCCGAAAACAUUUUGACAAGCACCAUUAAAUAUACUAACCGCUCACACGUUUUUUUCGCUGCAUUUUACUUUUUUAGAGAAUGCUUACAUGGCUUUACUGUGCUUCAAAAAUGGUUCCCUAGUACGUGAAUCUAUCCGAGAUAGAUGUUCAGAAGGUUCUUGGAAGAAUUUUGAGCAAAGCUUAAAAGCCAGUAAGCCAGGAAACGAUGGCAAUAUUGGUAUAUAUUUUGAUGAAACUGAAAUAACGCCUUUUGCGCAAGGCAUUUACAGAUUUAAUAAAGACGAUGUUGAAGUGAAAUCGUUUUCCAAUGAUGAAGAAAUAAGAGCGUUGGUGGAAGGUCAGUUUUUGGGCAAACGCGUUCAUGCAGAGGCUCUAGGUUACAAUUUAGGUGAGUGUAAUGGAUAAAUCUUAUAUCAACGAAUGUGUGAUUUCAGUGGAGCUGGGAAAACUAGAAACAUUGUUGCGGAAACAUCUGAAACUUUAACAAAUGUUUCCUUUUUUGCCUUCCUUGGAGAAUCAUGGCUAGGAAACAAUUUUUCCUGGUUUGUCCACCUUUGCGAAACAUGGCUCGGAUGUCGGAAACAAUAUUUUCGGGAAAAAUAUACAAUGCAACACAAUCCGAGGAUUAGCAUCUCUUGAAACUCAAGAUAUGAUCAAAACAAGACGAAAAGUGAAGACUAACUGAUGUUGUAACGAUGUUUUCUGGUUUGCCCACCAUUGGAAAACAUAGCUAGGAAACUAUAUGUUUCGAUUUUUGCCUACAUUUGGGAAAUAUGGCUAGGAAACAUUUCUGUUUUCCUAAAUUAUCUUCAAGAAACAGGACUAGGAAACAUUGCUUCCUAGUUUGUCCAUGUUUGGGAAAUAUGGCUAGGAAAAAUGUUCUCUAUAGUUUGUCCUGGGCAUAAAAGUAAGCAUGCAUAAACUUAUAUCGAUGUUUUACUUUCCAGAUAAAAACUCUCGUAUUUUGGCAACAGGUGGAGCAUCCAAGAACCAAGCGAUUCUUCAAGUGCUAUCCGACAUUUUUCACGCCCCGGUUUAUACCAUUCCUGGGACAGCUAAUUCAGCAUGCUUAGGGUGUGCUUACCGCGCCAAACAUGGGUGGUCUGGAACGAGUAAUGCAAACUAUAAUGAUAUAUUUUCUGAAAGUGAAGAAUAUGAAUUAGCUGUAAUUCCAAGUGCGGAAACUAAGGAUUUGUAUGAGAAAAUGGCGAAGAGAUACAAACAAUUGGAACAACGUAUUGCCAAUUGAUAAUGGUUCCUCCUUUCAGCUAGAUCAUUGCGUUGAUUGUACUAUUGACCGAAUUCUGAUUUUUCAAACCCUUCAAAUGCGUAGCUAGAUCGUUGUAAGACUUGUAAAGAUAGGAAUCCUACAAUAAGUGGAAAAGAACUUCCAGUCAUAAGUACAAAUCUUUAAUCAAAUCACAAAUUU